AUGUCGCGCCAUGCCAGGGUGGAAGAGGUCUCGGAUUCCGAUCCAGAUGACAUGGAUCCCGCCGACUUCAGUCCCACCAAUUUCGCUGCUGAAAAUUCCAUUAUCACACCCGCCAACACUCCCGCUUCAUACACCUCGAGACCGACUCCACGACCCCAGACACAAGCCCAGACACACGGCCGCCCUCCCCAAUCCAACCUUAUUCAACCAACCAAUAGAGAUGUUCCGCGCAACUACCAAUGUCUGUAUCCCGUGUAUUUCGACAAAACCAGGUCACGGGCAGAGGGGAGGAAAGUCAACAAGAGCCUGGCUGUAGAGAAUCCGCUGGCAAGAGAUAUCAUGGAUGCCGUCCAGGUGUUGGGCCUGCAGGUUGGGCUGGAGCCGGACAAGUUACACCCCAAAGAUUGGGCAAACCCGGGCCGAGUGAGGGUGUUGUUGAAAAUGGAAGACGGCACUCCACUAACCAAUGCUGUGAAAAACAAGCACCAUCUAUAUAUUAAAGUCGCACAGUACCUCCACGCCCACCCAAUCACUGAAGAAUCACCUUUCCGCCUCCGUAUCCGCGGGCUCUCUGUCCCGGAAAAACCGAUACCGCCGCCUGUUGCACCUCGGGGCUGGAAAAUCGGAACUAUCCUACCUUUUCACUCCCCAGCACUCACAGGUGGUGGCGUGAGCGAUAAUCCUUUCAAAGAAGCAAUGUUGGAAAUGCAACAACAAGGAUUAGCAGGAGACAUGCCUGGGCUCACCAGCGGUCCAGAACCGAAACCGAAAAUGAAAAAGGAGAAGAGGAAGGGGAAGGCGUAA